AUGCCGUACCGCGCAAUCGAGAGACAUCUCCAGGGGGUAGCUUCGGCUCCGGAGCUCAACGUCUCGCCCAAGAAGAAUUGGAGAUAUAUCAAGUCCAUGAGCGCGAGCGGUGAACUCGAAUUAUUCCAUCAUUUCCUGGAGGUGGCGACCGCAAGGCUCUCUGGCCAUGCGAAGAAGGAUGAAUUGAAGACCUGGCUCAAGGGAAACAAGAAGUUCGCCAAAACAGUCUACAUGGUCACAGGGAUCACGAUAGCCAUGCAGCCCGGGCAGACAACGUAUGGCUCCUCGCGUGGAGUAGGCGCCUUGGGGGAGUUCGGUGCCGAUCCUGGAAUCGAGGCUACGGAGCUCGGGGCGAAAGGCACCUUCGAUCUGUCGACUUCCGCAUCCGAGGCGAGCGAGCCCGCCGAGGAUUUUGGCUUUGCCUAUCGACUGCGCAAGAUCCACAUCAGCUGGCGCAACAAGAUUCGUCUGCGUGGCGACGUCACUGGUGCCGACUUGCACGGCGUUGGUAGCAGUCGCAAAUAA